GAUACACUCAUCAAGAUAGAGCUACAUGGCAUAGAUACACUGAGCAAGAUAGAGCUACAUGGUAUAGAUACGCUGAUCAAGACAGAGCUACAUGGCAUAGAUACACUAAGCAAGAUAGAGCUACAUGGUAUAGAUACACUGAUCAAGAUAAUAGAGCUACAUGGUACAGAUACGCUGAUCAAGACAGAGCUACAUGGCAUAGAUACGCUGAUCAAGAUAGAGCUACAUGGCAUAGAUACACUGACAAAGACAGGGCUACAUGGCAUAGAUACACUGACAAAGACAGGGCUACAUGGCAUAGAUACGCUGAUCAAGACAGAGCUACAUGGCAUAGAUACUCUGAUCAAAAUAGAGCUACAUGGCAUAGAUACACUGACCAAGACAGGGCUACAUGGUAUAGAUACACUGACCAAGACAAAGCAAGAUAAAACAGAAACACUGAAUCAAGUCAAGAUAGAUUGUUAA